UCUAUAGAGUAAUCGAGAGAACAGUAAACAGUGAUCGAGUAUUUUAUAGAUACGACUGACAUGGGUCAAUUUCGUAAUACGACGUAUACGAGAUACUUGUUUCCCUCGAGUGUAAGCGGUUGGCGAGUACCAGCAAUUAUUUAUUUAUCAUUUUAACCGAUGUAAUUCGAACCUAAUAUCCAAUAACGGAUCGUGUAUUCGUCGAACCACCUUCCCUAACCAUUGCAUAGACUAGACAUCUUCUUCUAUAGUAAAGUAUCGAAUACGGUUUAGACAGUUGAACGCGAUAUAAUAAUUUACGUUACGCUAUUGUAGCUGGUAUUUGCAUUCGAAUAUCGAUUUUCCCUUUUCGAUAUAUCAUCGUGUUUAAAAAAAAAAAAAAAAAAGAAUGAAAAUAAACAUUGUUAGCAUCGAAAUUGCAAUCCAUUCGUGGAAAAGAAACAACACGUUGUUCGGAUAGGAUCGGCUGCGCGUGGAAUUCUGUUACGGCUUAUCGUUACGAGAUGCUAGGAGAACGAUUCGCAAGAUUACCAGAAAAACCUAUCUCGCGGUGAGGAGUUCUCGUAGGUGUUCUGAAAGCGCGAAGCGUCGUAGGUCGAGAGAAGGUCGCCAAUGAUUUCGAAGCUCCGCCUACCAAGCAGGGGUUGGAAGCAACCCGUAGUCAGGGUAGCCCGCGCAGGGCUGAAUUCUAUAUCACGUUGUGGGCGUAGACGUACCGUAGACACAACCCCCGAUGUAUACACCCUGUCUUUUCACUGUUCACCGAGAUCAAAUCACUCGUCUCAGUCCUAUCUUUGAUCUUUCCGGUGAAGCAACACGGUGGCUUUAAAAAUACGAGCGACGGCUCGUUGUGUUUUCCUUUGGAUUAUCGAGAUUCUUAACUGUGUCGUUUUCGUGGGUCGCGUUGACGUAUAUUAUUGAAACGGAUUAAACGAAAAGAGCGAACGGUGACGAGAAUGAAUCAAGAUCAGGAGGUACCCGCGACAACUACGGAUUUGACGCGAUUGCCCACCGAAGAGUUCAACAGAUUGAACGAACCGCUUCAAACGGUUGUCUCGGGAUAUUGCCCCGUUAAUUAUUCGGCGACUCAGGCACAGACGUCCACCGACAACAAGUUACAUCCCGAAAACGAAAUAUACUCCGAGCAGGAAUACAGACAGGAACCUUGGCUUCAAGAUGGUAGCGGUUGCGAGACGGAGGACAGCGAGCAAUACGUGCCGGAGUUUCAUCGAAUGUCAAAUGCCAGCGUAAAGCAGGAAUCUGCGAAUUGUAGGAGAAUCAACGAUUCCAAUUACACGCAAUAUCAAGCAUCGAUUAAUCAUUCGCACGGCCAAGGCAGUAUCUUCCUCGAUCUCGAUCCAGACAACCGUCCAAACUGCUUUGGAAAUGGAAAACUGAAUUCGCGGACAAGCGAUGUCGCGAAACGCAUCGCGGUAAAGGAGGAACCGACGGACAGAGGAUACGGGGAACCGAUACCCGUAACGAACAUAGCCACGUCGGCUUCGAUCGUCCAGGAAAACCGAAGCAGCAAUAACUUGGUAUAUCAGCAGCAACAACAGCAAUACGGAAACGGAACGAGAAACGCCAGAGGUUCCCCGUCGCCUAACCGACCAGCUAGCACGUCUUCCGCUGCAUCUCAAUGGCACUCGACCGUGUCGGCGUCGAGCGGCGACGCUUUCUUUCCGCGACAGGAAAACUGGAGCUCGGACGUCUACGGGAAAAGAAGCGUGACACCUACGUGGACCGAGCUAGGGGUUCAAUUAGAUCCGAGAACGUCCACGUGGGAGAAACAAGGAAACUGUUACCAGAAGAAGGGAUCUCCGACCUCUUGGAACGUAGAUUAUGCCAGCAAGAGGCCAUCUUCGACGACAGGAGUGUCACCCUGGAGCGAAAUGACCGUUGGCUAUCAACAGCAACGUCGUGGUUCUCUUCAGCUCUGGCAGUUCUUGGUAACCUUGCUAGACGAUCCCGCAAAUGCACCUUGUAUCGCAUGGACCGGUCGUGGAAUGGAGUUUAAACUGAUCGAACCCGAAGAGGUGGCACGUAGAUGGGGCGUUCAAAAAAAUCGACCGGCGAUGAAUUACGACAAACUAAGUAGGUCGCUGAGGUAUUACUACGAGAAAGGAAUAAUGCAAAAGGUAGCAGGCGAAAGAUACGUCUACAAAUUCGUCUGCGAUCCGGAAGCGUUAUUUAAUAUGGCGUACGGCACUGGAGGAUCGUCCAGUCUUCCUGGACAAGUACGGAACGGCGUUCGAAGUCAGUCCAUGUCCGGCAAGAUAUCGUCCACGAAUGAUGUCUCCGAAUUGAGAGAACAUCCUACUGCUGGAUACGGGGACGCAGUUCUCGCUAUGUACUCGAAUAGUGCGGCAGUGUACGGAUCGUCCAGCUUACACCAUCUGCACCAGUACCUCGGUGGUAACGACGGUUUCAAGACACCGCCAAACAGAUAUCAUCCUCAUUACUCGCACGAGUACAAUGCCAACCAUCAUCAUCCGCCAUCGAGCUACGCAGAGACCUUUCUGAACUACAGCCGUUUGUCGUCCCACGAUGCGUCAACCGAGUCUAGAAGUCAAGAAUUACCGAGGCUCCUGUACGGUCAGGAAACGGACAGUACCAGCAGGGAGCGAGACGCGUCAUCGAUUUUGUACGACGGCGGUGCCGCUGCCGCUGCCGCCGCCGCCGCCGCCGCCGCCGUACAGAGAACACAAUUACCGGCUGUUCCGACAUUCUCGCAGCCAACCUUGCUCGACGCUACCACAACCACCACCGCUACCUCGAAAAUUGAGCAAACUUCGUACGCUUGCCUCGGUGUAGGGAGCUGCGUCUGCUGAAUUUCACGUAGCAUUAUCGAAAACUGACGAGUCAGAGAUUGAUUCUCCAAAUGUUCUCUACGCGCUUCGAACAAAAUCAAUUGGACGCGAAAAGUCACAUUUUCGGCUAUAAAUGAAGAUUUUAGUCGAAAGUUUAGUUGAAAAACAAAGAGAAAUUACCACGAAACGGUAUGGUAGGGUAAAUGGAAACGCACAAAGAGAGUAAGGGUGUCGUUUAACAGACUCGAACAACCACGUGAUUUUCUUGUUUGAUCCGCCUACGGUGGUAAAUCGUCUCGAAUACGGGUGAAAAUUGAAAAAGGAUGUCGAGAGUAUUGCUCCUUACAAAUAAACAUACAUAUAUCGACCGUAUACGUGUUUGUCGAUGGCCGCACGACAUCAUAAAUUAGGCGGAAAUUCGUUAGCGAUCGUAGAAAUAAAUGGUAGACAAUUGGAUCUUCUGUAUGUAGACUACUUGGAAUCAUUUGGUCGGCCAUUCGCGUGACAAUCGGCAAACGUGAAAUGUAAAUGGUCGUAUUUCGAUUGUGCAUACGUGUUCGUAUGAACCUGUAAAUAGAUAUCUUGUAGUCGUGGAGAUCCGGCUGUGCUCGUGGUCGUUGUUACGAGCUCGAGUAGUACUAAGUCAUUGGAUGCACUGUAAUUUCUGUAAAUAACAAAUAAAUCUCUAUCGGAAUAUUAGAUUUCAAU